AUGCAGUCCAUUUGGAUAGAAGUAAAGGCAGAGGUGAAGCCUGUAUCAGGCUGUGAGAUUGUUGAGAAGGUCCUCGAGAAAAAGGUGAAGUAUGGACCGAAGGAGAACCCAAGAUCAGCAAAGGAGCUUCAACUCCAAGCAGAAUUGGAGACAACAAGAGCUGAAGCGGAAAGAAAUGCCAAAGAGUUUGAGGAGAAGAUACAAAGUCAGGAGGAGCAGCUAAAAAGCUAG